GAAGUGGUCACCUGCAUCGCCACGUCUUGCGUUGCGUCAUUAAAUAUGAAUCAUCAUCCUCCUAAAUAUUGAGGAAGUGCAGACAGACUUCAGCUUCAGAGCAUGCCGAGUGUUUGGAGAGGAAUAUCUGCUGUGUUAAUGGAGCCCUGUCGCCGCUGACCGGGACCGGGAGUCGGGUCUGAAGGGGGGUUUCUGCACGAGCGUGUCCCCAGCUGCCACAGAGCUGCAGGGACAUCUUCCGGGACUGGUGUGAUAUUCAUCCAGCCCUCCAGCCCUGCUCAUGGCAAAGAUGAGCUGGGCUGCUGGGACUCAGUGUGUGGCUAAAGCAGAUCACAGGAAACCAAAGUCUGAAGAGCUGCGUUACCACAAAGGGGACAUCCUCACCAUCAUCGACACCAGCACGAGGAAGGGAUACUUCAGGGCCAUAAACAACUCCAGCGGAGAGGAAGGACUCAUCAACUCCACCAAUGUCCGUGAGAGAGAGGCUCUGCGAGUCGACCCCGGACUCAGCUUCAUGCCUUGGUUCCACGGGAAGAUCACGGGUCCGGAGGCGGUGUGUAAACUGCAGCCAGCCGAGGACGGGUUGUUUCUGGUCCGAGAGUCCAUUCGGCAUCCCGGAGACUAUGUCCUGUGUGUGUGCGUCUCCGGAGGCGUGGUUCACUACCGGGUCAUAUACCAGGACAACAAGCUGACCAUCGACAGCAUGCAGUUCUUCUACAACCUCAUCGACAUGAUCGAGUUUUACUCGAGGAACAAAGGCUCCAUCGCCACGACGCUGCUGAAGCCAAAACAGAAACACGGAACCAAGUCGGCUGAGCUGGAGCUGUCCAAAAGUGGAUGGCUGCUGGACAUCACGAAGCUCAAACUGGGGGAAAAUAUCGGAGAGGGGGAGUUUGGAGCUGUGUAUCAAGGGGAGUAUCUGGGCCAGCAGGUGGCAGUAAAGACUAUCAAAUGUGACGUAACGGCUCAGGCCUUCCUGCAGGAAACCACCGUCAUGACGAAGCUGCAGCAUAAAAACCUGGUGCGCCUGUUGGGGGUCAUCCACCACAAAGGGCUUCACAUCGUCACAGAGCUCAUGACUAAGGGAAACCUUGUAAACUUCCUGAGGACUCGAGGACGGUCGGUGGUGAACUCGGUGCAGCUGCUGUGCUUCUCCCUGGAUGUGUGUGAGGGGAUGGAGUACCUGGAGUCCAAGAAGUUGAUCCACAGAGAUUUGGCGGCCCGUAACGUCCUGGUUUCUGACGACAGCGUGGCUAAGGUCAGCGACUUUGGGCUGACCAAGGUCGUCUCCAAGGCCAAGUCCGACAACGCCAAGCUGCCCGUCAAAUGGACGGCGCCCGAGGCUCUGAAGAGAGAGAAAUUCUCCACAAAGUCGGAUGUCUGGAGCUACGGCGUUCUCCUGUGGGAGAUCUUCUCCUACGGUCGGCAACCUUAUCCUAAAAUGUCUCUGAAGGAGGUGAAGGAGAAGGUGGAGGCGGGUUAUCGCAUGGAGGCUCCGGAGGACUGCCCCCCCGCCCUGUACUCCCUGAUGAGGCUGUGCUGGGAGCAGGAGCCCCGCAGGAGGCCGGCCUUCCACAAACUGAGGGAGAAACUGGAGAGGGAGGCAGGGAAACGCAACAGUGGGGGGGAGGGGUGCGCCUCGGCAUCUGGAUGCUGAUGUUGGACUCACAAUGAGCGGAAAUACAGGCGUCUGAUGGAGAGGACACACUCUGCUGAGAAACAUCUGGAUUCUGAGACAAUGUACCGCUGAAUACCAAGCUCUGCUUCACUGCGGGGUUAAUGACAGCAAAAAGGUAUUUAAUGUCAGGGAGGGAUGUCUGAAAAGAUGAACAUAUGUAUCUGGGAAGAAAAAGUUUAAUCCCAGAUCAUCUAAAUCUGUUUCAUCCCGGCAUUAACGCUCAACAAUACACGCCGGACUCAGGGCUUAAUAUGAAAUAUUUAAUGUUAUUGCUGAGAGAAGAAUUGUAUUUGUACUUAGAAAAACACAGCAUUUUGUUUUUGCAGAGAAGAUCCAGAGGUUUAAUUUACAGAAACAGGAUUUAAUUAACUCAUGCUUGGAUUACUGAACAGGCCUCAGCGCCUACAGCGACACAAUGCACCAAUCAGGAAGAGACUUGAAAUGACAGCAGGGAGGUCCAAGACCCAAGUUGUAGCAAACUGACAACUAAGAUAUGCAAUAUGACCGUAACGAGACACGAAAUGACUUCAAAGAGUGAUCAUAUUAUCUGAAAGAACACAACAUGGCAACUAAGAAAUGCAGAAAAGUCUCAAAGGUUCACAAAAGGACCAUGAAGAGACACAAAGCAACCACAAUGACAUACAAUAUGACCACAAAAAGACCGGAAAUGAAAACAAAGAGACACAAGAGGACAAAUAAGACACAAAAUAACAGCAAAGACUCACAAAGACACUUUAAAAAGACCCACAAGGACUAAAAGGCGGACAAAACCAACACAAUGACGUACAAAAUGACCAUGAAGAGACCCAAAAUGACCAUGAGGAGACAUAAAAAGACCAUGAAGAGACACAAAAUGACCAUGAAGAGACACAAAAAGACCAUGAGGAGACACAAAAUGACCAUGAGGAGACACAAAAUGACCAUGAGGAGACACAAAAUGACCAUGAGGAGACACAAAAUGACCAUGAGGAGACACAAAAUGACACAAAAUGACCAUGAAGAGACACAAAAAGACCAUGAGGAGACACAAAAUGACCAUGAAGACACACAAAAAGACCAUGAGGAGACACAAAAAGACCAUGAGGAGACACAAAAUGACACAAAAUGACCAUGAGGAGACACAAAAUGACACAAAAUGACCAUGAGGAGACACAAAAUGACCAUGAGGAGACACAAAAUGACACAAAAUGACACAAAAAGACGACAGAAAUAAUCACAAUGACAUUCAGCAGAUUUAGUUAUUUCCGUAGAUUAAUUUUUGACAUUUUGCACAUUUGUUUAUUUUUACGGCUCAUCCUCCUGUUACCGUCCCCCUGCACCGGUCAGCAGACUUUGAUUCAAUUCAUCCAAAUGCAAUUUAUUUUAUCAGAAUAAAUCGGCCUCUCGACGAGGUUUGAGAUUACCACAGUGACUCUGGGACCCUGUUUUUUUUAAUGCAGGUACUGAAGGUUUUAUCCCUAAUCUUUGUAAUGCACAUGAUUAUAUAAUAUAUUCAUGAAUGUUCACCGUAUGUGUAGUCGCCUGUUUUUAUACAGAAAUGCAAUGAAAUGUUGGUCUUCCUGCUGGAGAUGAAGCCGUUGUGGUUGUCACGUCAGAAGUGAAAUUAAAUAUGUUUUUUGACUAA